AUGAGGUUCCCAAACUUUCUGAUCGCCCUUGCCGGCACAGCUAGUGUGCAAGCAGCAGACGUCCAGACUGUCAGAGAUGAUAUUGCCGACAUAUCCGCCCUGAUGGCUGAUCUCGACAGCAACGCGAAGCUCGUUAAGCCAGGUUCGGCAGGCAUCGCGCAGGCGCUUCAAGUCCAAGUAGACGCUGUCAAUAUCCAUAAGCGUCUGCUUGCCUCCAUUGACGAUACCAACGCUUCGGCGCCAUUUGGCGCUCAGGGUUCCUUGAACAUCGGCUUGGACUUUAUCGCUUUGUCGCCAAAAGUCAAGACUACUCUUCAAGACAUUGCAGACCAGAAAUCCGCUCUUGAAGGGCUUUCUGUUGUUGUCCUCUCCAGUCUAUACCAGCUCAAGCAGGAUACCGACGCCUUUGGCGCCGCGGUGCUGGAUAAGCUAGACGUCUUGGAGAAGGCGAUUGCUCCCGGUAUUAUCAAGGAUCUUGAUACCGCGUUUAAUAAGGCUAUUGUUGCAUAUGGAGGUAAAUCAACUUGA